AUGUCUAGUCAAAGUAUCGAGUUUACCAAGUAUUUUGUUAAAGCAUAUUAUCCAAUUAUGGUCUACCAACCGAGUGAGCUUCGUAAAUUUUAUUUAGAUUCAGCUAUAAUUUGGAGACCAGAAUUUUCUAAUAUCGAAGGCCUUCCAAUCUCUAAAUGUUUGAACGAUUUACAUAUAAAGCUCACACCUGACUCACAGUUUUCUAUUUCAUCAUAUUCAGUCAACCAAAUACAGACAAACUUACAUAUAACAGUUUAUGGCACUAUUAGAUCAAACUCGGGAACGAAUAUAUUCAUUCAAGAGUUUAUUGUUCAACAGCUUUACUAUUCGAAAUUCUUUGUUAUUUCUGAUAAAUUUAAUAUUAUUAAUCAAGAAAAUAUUAUCAACCGAGCUCAAAAGGCUAUUCAAAUUCAGGCUCCCCCUGUGCCUCAAAAACCACAAGUUAUCCCUCAACAGAAACUAUAUGACCAACAACAAAAUCAAUUUUAUCCGAAUGUUAUACAAAUGAACGACCAGCAAGGAGUAAAUGCAAUGCAGAAGCCUCCUCAAGGAUCUGGUCAGCCAUAUCAAGGCAUGUAUCAUUAA